AUGUCCAACUUCUAUAGAUGGGUCCGUGUUUGGAGCUGGGGUAUCGGUAUUGUCGGUACUGGUGUGCUUUUGUACACUUACACCGUUCCAACUGAAGAAGAGUUGAUUGCUCGAUUUUCGCCAGAGGUUCGGGCCAAUUAUGAGAAGAACAAAGCGCUCAGACAGAAAGAACAAGAGGAAUUGAUGAAGAUUGCCCGUGAAACGGCCAACUCCAACGAUCCCAUUUGGAAAACCGGCAAAAUUGCCUCUCCGUUUGAGAGAGAUACCCGUGGAGUGGAUCCGAAGUUGGUGGAUGCCUCCCAGUUUUUCCAACAUGAGGAUGAGACAAAGAAGAGAGCCGAGGUUGCUAUUGCGGAUGCUGAGCUCCUAGAAACAGAGAAGUUGAUGGCUCAAUCGAAAAAGAAGAAGUGGUGGUGGUGA